CACUCGGGUAGAUGCAGACGACAAGUUAUGUAGUCUGCAUUUCCUAGUUUUCGUUUUUUUGAAAACAGUAAAUUGGAUUAAAAUAUGUAAAUUUAUUACGUUUGGACGUAUCUACUUGAAAGAGAAUACGAUACAUUUAAUGGAUUAAGUGAUUUGUACAUUUAAAUUGUUACAUCGUAUACUGAAAGAUAAAACGGAUUUUCUAAUUAAUGAUACAAAUAAUGAGAAUAUGUAAAGGGAUAAAAUCCUGCAAUAUUUCAAGUCGUUAUUUAAAUGUGCAGGAUUUACAUCUAUUGCGGUGGAUAUUUUCUAUCAGACUGAAUUGCAUGCAAUAAUAAAAUACAUUUUAAUGACUGCGUAUCUAUAAACGCCUAUAAAAAUGAAAGAAACGUUUAAGUCAUUUGAGGACAAAAUCAAGUGAAAGUUUACGAAAAUAUAUAAAUUACUUUUCCCUUUUUCAUUUAACUGGUUUUGGUGUGAAGACGUACACUAUUGGAAAGCGAAUAGUUUACAAACAUGGCUGUGAUUUAUACAGUUUAAUUGCAUUUUUAUAAUCUCUAUUCAACUGUACCACAGCAAAUCGAAUCGAUUUGAAUGCUUUCAUUCUCACAUUGUGUUUGAUUACUGAUCUAUAUGGAUUCAAAAUAGGAGAGCUCGUUGAUUUUACUAAAGCAAAUUUAUCAACUUGUAAUAUCGGCAUCAGCAUUCGUCGUCGCAGUGGGGUGUUGACAGGGAAACACGGACGCUGAGCGGGAGUUACACGAAAUGAAAAUGCUCUUCCCGGGUAAUUUUAUGGGGAAGGGAGCGAUUCCUCGGGAAGGCGUAGUGAGUGUUAAAGGAUUUAACCCGAGUCCGGAAAUUUACACAAAUGGAGAGAUUCGAACCGGGCGCGAAAAUACGACAGCGGAUGAGGAGGUUGUGAAAUGGCGCCCGUUUUGGCAGCGAGGACAAACGACGCUUCAAGAGUUGAACGAAAUCAUGAAGGAGCGCGAAAAACGUAACGCUAAACACUAUGGUAAUUCUGGAUUUAUAAAGAAAACCAAACUCUAUCAUAGUAACGUUGAUCUGACUAGUUCAGUAAAAGUAAACAAGCGCGUGAAAAUAUCGAAGUAUGCGUCGACCCAGGGUCUGCAUCAUACGAAAGGCGCCAAGAAGUCUAGUAGGAGGGCUCGGGGUGGCGACGGUUUUGUUACCGCACGCCUGUCCACAACAACAAGUUCGCUCAACCUCCCAAUCAUUGACCCGGAAGAAGGUAUCAUUUCCGCUGCACAGUCCCGAAAUGGGAGUGCCGCCUCGUCCGUUCAGGCAGGCAAAACAAACAUAAACGGCCUAACGUCCGCUCAGAAUGGGAACACCGCCGUUAUGGACACCGAUGAGAGCGACACGGACGCGGACGACGACGUAUACAUGUCGGACGACGAUCCGGAAGUGUCGAGGCGGAACCUCGACAAGGCCGGCGACUACAUCGUGGAACACGACUGGAUACUAAAGGAAAACCUCGCGAAAGAGGCGCGUCGCGUGUCCGUUUUGCAUAACCGUGUUAAAAUUGUGCUUCCAGACGACGACCCCCUGGAGACAAUCAAAACCCGGAUGGAGGAGAUUAACAUGAUGGUUAAGCCGCGGGCGGAGCUCGGUAACUUCCUCAACACCAUAGACCCUGCCCAGAGGAACAGAAUCAUGAAAUACAAACAUGUUGAUGCUAACGACAUAAAGACGAAGAAACGAAAAAACUGGAAAGCGCGCGACAGGUUUAUAGACGCCGUUCACAAGGUGAUCCUCAUGUACUGGCCAUGUGAACAACGAAAGAGAUACCUUCAUAACGGCAAGCCGGACACCAGUCCAGAAGGCAUCAAACAGAUCAGACAGAACAACCGACAAAGCGACCCGAAGGAACUGCUCAAGAAAUCUAGCCUUGGGUAUGAGAUGCGGCUGGCGCUUGUGACACAAGCAGGGUACCGAUCCGCGGACGAUAUAAAGAAGGCCACACAGAUACUGCGAGCCACAAAGGCGUUUAAGCACCUUUUUCCGGAACAGCUGGAGCAGCAGUUAGCCCGAAAGGUUGCCUACGAACGCUACGAUGGCGACCGCAUAGUUGCACAGCAGGGCAGAGACCCGGAGAGAUUUUAUUUCAUUCUCACUGGAAAAUUAUUGAAGGUCCGCGAGUAUCGGCUGUUAUCGGGAGUAGUGACACGAGAAGAGGGCGCUAUUGAGAAAGGCUGCACGACAGAUCCUCAAGAGAUGGCACAGAACUGGCCUCGUGAACACCACCUAGUAACCAAGGGUAACACGGAGUUAUUAGUGUUGGACAAAAAUGAUUUUCUUGAUUUGCUUCACACGUGUAAAGGACCACCGAUAGACUUUUUACGCGGUAUAGAACUUUUCGACGAAUUUCCAUGUGAAAUGUUUCUCGACAACCAAGAUGCGAUAGAUUUUAAAUAUUACGGCAAAGAAAAUAUUAUUGUUAAAGACAGCAAUAGAACUCCUUGGCUCUACGUUGUAAAAACCGGGCGUGUGAAGGUCGUUCGCAUGCAGACGAUCAUAGAUGUCCAGAACGAGGACAGUUUCUCCGCACAGUCAACAGAAGGGCUCGGUUGCGCGCGACCCUUCAGUCAUGCCAGUGCAAUGUUGGGGACCCUAGCAAAGCAACGGAAAAUGAAAGCACUACUUGGAACAGUUUCAUUUCCAGAGUUGUUAAGGCUCCACCGGCCCUCAGUUGUUAAUUUUUCAGCCUCUAAAGAGAGUUCCGUGCAAUCGACACCAAGAGUGGUUGCCCCUAAAGAGCCAACGCAAAAAACAGAAGCGGAAAUAAUGGUAGACUUUAGGAAUACUUCGUCAGGAAAGCUUGCGAAGAUCAAAGAAGACUCCGAACACAGCGAUAUAAUAAGUCAGACACAACAGAGUGUCAGACCAUUAAGUAAUAAGACACCAAAGCUUGUGAUAACGUCACCCAAAUUGACAACAAGCUCAUCAAAACAGAGGAAACUAUCCGAUACUGAACACAGGCCCUCGUUUUCGUUUCUCCCUCCCAUUUCUGGCAGCAGACGAGAGAGCGAAAUUAUUCCACACGGCACUUAUUUAACAAGGGAGCAGACCGAUUUUGAUCCUGUUUACAAAGGGAAAUCCAAGAAGGACGCUGCUCUACGCGAAACAUAUCUUCAGCUUGAUGUCCUUAAGGCAGGGGAUAUAUUUGGUCUCGAACACCUGGAGCCGCAGGCGUUGGCAUCAGAGGCACCGGGUGUAACACUGAUAAGUGAUGGUGCAGAGAUUAUAAAAAUCAGCAAAAGAUUUUUCAUUCAGCAUGCCAAAAACAACACCAUGCUCAAAGUCGAGACGAUGCAACGUGAAUACAUGAGUGCAGAAGAGGCAAAAGAAGUUAUGUACAACAAAGAAACUUGGCAAAAGUACAAGACAGUGCUACUGAGCCGAACAAUAAGCAACCUUUCACGGAGCCAGAUUGACAAAGUUCACUAAAGGCAUACGAAGAUCACUGAAAACCAGUGUUUACUUUAAUAAGUUGAAUUAGAAAUGGUAUGCUGUUUAAUUAUUAACAUAUCAUGAAAAAGAUAUUUGCAAAUGGACGCAAUCAUAUCUUACCAGUGCUAUGUUGUUGCAGUCUGAUUGCGAUUUUCAUUGUUAUUUUGUUGUAGAUGAUUAUAUAAGCCCAGUAUUAACAAGGAAAGCAAAUCACACAUUUAUGCAACUUUUUAUGUAUUUGUAUGUAUGUUAAUGCUAUAUUACCUUAUCAAAUGGUUGUUAAACGGUUGCUUUUGUGUUUGUUUAUUGUCUCUGUGCAAUAUAAAGCCAUCAAACGUAGCAUAGUUAAUGAACUAAAACAAUAUUAAAUUUAUCAACUAAUACUUAUGUAAAAUAAUGACUCAAUUACAUGCAUUGUGGUUAUCAAUACAUUUACGUAUGUGUUUAAUAAUAAUAUCCUGUAUUUUAUUGAAGUACAAUCAAGCAUGUAGUGGCUCUGUUGCCAAAAGUACGAUGUUCACUUAUUGUUCAAUACACAUGUGAAACACAA